CAGAAGAGGAGGACAUGGCCAGGGGGCAGGAUAAGAUGGGAGCCACAUCUGGCAGCUAUAGGCCCCAAGAAGCCUGUUGGGAUCGGCAGAUGGCCAGUUCUUGCAACAGCAGCUGGGGGGGUCCCUCAGUCCUGAACCCUUAAGGAUUGACUGCAGGUUGGGGCUCGUGUGUGAAACCUGGCCCUAGCCUUAUUCGUGCUUUCUCCCCUUACAGCCAUGGGUGCCUGAAGGUGCUGCAAGUGGCAGAUUAUGGCUACAGCCUUGCAGGUCCUGCCCUGCUUGGCCCGAGCUCCCUUGCGCCGGCAGUUCUGGAGGGCCCCAGCAGUCCGCUUAGCCAGUGGCAUGUCUCUGGCGGAGCAGGCACGACUACUGUUUGCUAGUUCUGUGGGUGCCGUGCUACCAGGUCCCAUGCUGCACCGGGCACUGUCCUUUGAUCCUGCCAGCGGGCAGCUGAAAGUGCGGGAUCGGAGCUUCCAGCUGCGCCAAAACCUCUACCUGGUGGGCUUUGGCAAGGCAGUGCUGGGUAUGGCAGCCGCAGCCGAAGACCUCCUGGGCCAGCAUCUCGUCCAGGGUGUGAUCAGUGUGCCCAGGGGAAUCCGAGCUGCCAUGGAGAGUGCUGGCAAGUGGGACAUGUUGCUGAAGCCAAACAGCCAUAUCCAGGUAUUUGAGGGUGCGGAGGACAACCUGCCUGACCGUGAUGCUCUGCGGGCCGCGCUGGCCAUCCAGCAGCUAGCUGAAGGCCUCACAGCCGAUGACCUGCUGCUCGUGCUCAUCUCAGGCGGAGGCUCAGCCCUGCUGCCCGCACCCAUCCCACCUGUCACCCUGGAGGAGAAGCAGACCCUCACCAAGCUGCUGGCGGCCCGAGGAGCCACCAUCCAGGAAUUGAACACCAUCCGGAAGGCCUUGUCCCAGCUCAAGGGUGGGGGACUGGCACAGGCUGCCUACCCUGCCCAGGUGGUGAGUCUAAUUCUGUCAGAUGUCAUCGGAGACCCUGUGGAGGUGAUCGCCAGCGGUCCCACCGUGGCCAGCGCCCACAGCGUGCAAGAUUGCCUACACAUCCUCAACCGCUAUGGACUGCGUGCUGCCUUGCCACGUUCUGUGAAGACUGUGCUGGCCCGGGCAGACUCCGACCCCCGUGGCCCGCACUCCUGUGGUCACGUCCUCAAUGUGAUCAUCGGUUCCAACUCGCUGGCUCUGGCUGAGACCCAGCGGCAGGCCGAGGCGCUGGGGUACCGGGCUGUGGUGCUGACCACGGCCAUGCAGGGCGACGUGAAGCAGGUAGCCCAGUUCUACAGGCUGCUGGCCCUCGUGGCUGGAGCCCAUCUCUCCGAGCCACCUGAGGCCAGAACUUCUCUGAAGGAGGAAGCAGAGCUCCAUGAGCUGGUGGCUGAGCUUCAGCUGCCAGACCUGCAGCUGAAGGAUGCUCUGGAGACUAUGGCCCAGGCUGAGGGUCCCAUAUGCUUGCUGGCUGGUGGCGAGCCCACUGUCCAGCUGCAGGACUCGGGCAAGGGUGGCCGGAACCAGGAAUUGGCCCUGCGGGUGGGAGCAGAGCUGGCGGGAAAAUCCCUGGGGCCCGUUGAUGUGUUGUUUCUCAGUGGGGGCACUGACGGGCAGGAUGGACCCACAGAGGCUGCUGGUGCGUGGGUCACGCCAGAACUGGCCAGUCAGGCUGCAUCAGAAGGCCUGGACGUGACCGAUUUCUUGGCUCACAAUGACUCUUACACCUUCUUCUGCCGCUUCCGGGGUGGCGCACACCAGCUCUGCACAGGGAUGACUGGCACCAAUGUCAUGGACACCCAUCUGCUGCUCCUCCGGCCAUGUCCAAGCCCUCCGCUGGCCGCCCCCACCGUGCGCCACGGCUCCAAUCCCUAUAUGAUCCUUGCCAGUGGGAGCAUGACCCCAGGGUCAAGUUCCAGGAAAGAGCAGGAUGAGAGGGCUGGAAGCGCCAGGCAUAUCCUGCCUCAAGAGCUGCAGCUGGAGCUGGCGGAGCCUCUUUAG